CAGCUGCACUAGACAGACCCAGCCAGAUGUCAGCUAGCUCCCGGCUUUCUCCAAGCUGGUCAAGUGCAAGCGGGUCCUGGUCUGCAUGUCCGAAUGCCAGUGUGGAUGCAGGAUUUGGGGCCCAGCACCAACAGGAGAGCAGGAGUUUCACCCAGGCAGAGGCAGCAGGGCCCGUCCUGGCUGCUGGCACCGGUCAGGGCUGCCAAAGCCGGCUCACAGAAACCUGGACUGCUGCUGGUCAGGACAGCUGGCCAAAAGAGAACAAAGGCAACAUCGUGCCAGCUGUACGGUAUUCCUGAAGGUAUCCACUGUCCCAAACCAUGUGCUUCCCGGGAGCCAGCCCUGAAGGUUCAAAACCCAGAAGAGUGUGCACGGUGGCAGCUUCUGGACAAAAGGGAGAGAGCAGAGGUCAUGUUGGUUUUGAGAAAGCUGAGAGGACACCAAAGGACUCUGACAGCAGUGCCACUGUCCUCUGCUGAGAGCACUCGUUCCACACGACCAUCUCCCAGUUUAUUUGAGUUCGAAAGUCACCUGUCUCUGCACAAGGUUGCAGGGAAUCAUAUCUAAUUAGCAGUGGAAAGCACUUAGGAGUUGCCAGAUGCUCUGGAGGCCCAAGACAGGAAUUUUCCCAAGGUAAGCUGUAGCAUCUCUCCUGCAUGAUUUUACGUUUUAUUCAUCACAAUUUUAAUAUCUUCACUAACUUGGUAAUUUACUGUACAUGAGAAUCACCAUUAAUUAAUCAGGUUACAUUUAGUAAGGACUUAACACUUGAAAAGCUGAAUGACCAUAUGUUUUCAGUCCACUGAUGUCACUGAUGCAGCUUAAAACUAUUGACAUCAAGGGAAUGUAAGUACUUUUUUUUUCUUUUUUUUUUUUUUUUGGUGUAAUUCCAGACAAAACAACAAAACUUUUAAAAGUUUCUGUCGCCCCCUGGACAGAAGUUUUACAUAAGUUUACAGAAGAUUUGCUUUUGACAAGAUGACAAUAAGCUAUAUUUACUUAUAAAAGCCUAACUGAAUCAUCCUUUUCUUAGCAAGCCAAGAUUACAACUGCAUUCUGCACUGGGUUUUCCUCAGCAAAACCUACCACACCCCCUCUCCCUUUGUGUGUGGUGAGGGAUUCGUUCAGUUUAUUCUGGGUUUUGUGGUAAGGUUUUUUAAAGCAAAGCACUGCAAUCCUCAGCUAUUUGUACAGAGCAGUCAGCCAACUGGGCUUGCCCGACAACACUGCUGACAGUAACAAAGUUGAUUAUAUGUAAGUACAGCAAAGGCACUGUUACAUGGGCAUGGGCUUCCUCUGCGUUUGAGCUUUAACAUUGCUCCCUUCCUUUAGACCUGCACUAUAUAUUAACACAUAUGUUUACAUGUGUUCAAGACUGUUUCUUUAUACAGAUCUCCAAACACAGAAUUUGAGCAGUACUCCAUCAGAAACUAGGCACACGGUAUAUUGAAAAUCAAGUUUGACAAAAACUUCAAAUCACAUCUGAGAGUCAUUUAAGAAAGCUGCGGACGUGAAUCAGACUGCAAAAAGGAUCUUGCUUUUCGCUCCGCAGGAGGAGAUGGGGAAGUCGGAGUCAUCCUGCUGGAGAGUUUUCCUCUCAUCUCACUUCAGCCCCAUUCCUGCUGUCUCUGGACGGUUCGCUGUAGCCACAGCACUCUGACCUGACACAUCCGUGUCACAGUGCCUUCUCCACGCCAAUCCCAACACCAAGCCAAACCUCCCUAUGAUGCAAGUUGGAAACUUUACCAAAGCCCGCGGACCAGCAGUGGAUAAUGUCAGCCAGAGAUCUGGCUCACGGAGUUCUUAGUGCCUUUGAGCUAGCAAGGCCAAAGGGAUACGAACCACACAUGGAAGUCUCAUGCUUUGUAAAAGGAAAGAGAAACCAGAGGGGCUCCAGCAAUUAUACAAGAUGCAGGAGCUGUUUGAGAGCUGCCUCCUGAAGGAUUAGCUACAAAUCCUUGUUCCCUUCACAGCUGUAGCCUUGUGUCUGUGUGCAUCCUGUAAUGCAGUGUAGAAAUUAAUAAAUAAAAAGGACAGCAUUAAGUAACACAGGAACUCUCGUGUCCAUGUGGUACUGCCUGCAUCAUCCAGAUGGAAAGUAUCUGUCUAGACAAAUCUGGGAAUUAUGCAAGCUUGGAAUUCCUGAAUAGCUCUUCCUUUCCAACAUCAUGAAGCAUUUGCAGUGCCCACCGAAAAUACAGAAAUCCAGGGGAGAAAGAAACCCUUCAAUCCCAGCAGCCAGGAAACCUAAACACUGGCAGUAUGUUGGAUGAGAGAAGGUCUAAGUGCAGGAAUAUGGAGCAGUGUCCCUGCUGUGUGCAGGCUGACUCAUCUCCGAGGAGCCAGGAUGGUCCCUGGUGCUCACUCCUGUCUCAGCAGAAGCGGAGCAGGCUCCCUUGAGCUUCUUGUGGUUCUCUGCUGCCUGAUGCCCUGGACAAGGCACAGAGCUGCUUGUUUCCACUUUUCCAGAGCUGUUUGUUUCCACGGUGCUCAGGCAAGCAGAAGGAAUGAAAACAAAGAGGGAAAGAUGGGCUGUCCUGGUGCAAACCACAACAGCAUGAAAAUAAAUCACUCCACCUAGGAGAGCCAAAAAAAAAGCAGGACAGAAAACAUGGAACUCCCACUCUGGCCCGGGAGCUGCUGCUGGCUCUGAGCAACACCCAGGGAUCACUGGGGCUGGGAGUUCAGCACAACUCUAGAGUUGCAGUGACCCUUUUUGGUGUUCUUGGGAAACAACGGCCCGGCCAGAGGAGACUGAAGAAUGGAGCAGCCAGGAACUCUGCCUGCAGAGCAGUGUAACCCAGGGCAGGAAUGACACAAUUCUCAAUAUUGUAUGGAGAAAAGUCAUUUUUUAAAAAGCACAGGUCGUGAACCAGCAGUCAUCUGGUUUGUGGCAGUUUUAUCACUGACUCCAGGAGGGCAGUUUCAAACCUUCCAAGGUGCAUCCAAACAGAAACGUCACUUGUGGUCAGUUUGGGGUCACACUGGAGAAAAAGGGGCUGAUGUUUGUCCAUCUGGCCUGGCCCCUUCAGUGCUGCAGAGGAGAGUGAGAGAGAGCAUUGUGUCUGUCCUGUCCUCCCAGGCCCAGGAGAGAAAGAGUAAAGAGCAACUGGGAGCCUGAGAGAUAAAACCACGGCUUGUACCACUGUUUGGGGGCAAUCAGGGCAAUAUUUCUGCAGGGCCAGGGGGCUGCAGCAGGACAUCACAUCAUGCCUGAGCCACCGUUGGAUCAGCAGCCCGGAAAGCAGAUGUGCCAAUUUCCUGUCCUUGAUGAUGAUGGGCCCUAAUUACGCCAGAGCUGUGGCAAUGUCCUUUCUUGUGUAUGACCCCUAAUUUGGUUUCAUGAAGUCAUCUGUGCCAGGUUCUUCCGGCUGCAAGGCUGGGCAUGGAAAGGAGCCAUCCCUGAAGCAGGAUUGCCUUUGAGCUGGCAGCAGACGAGUGAUUGGCAUUGGGCAGUGCUGCUGAGACUCUGGCAGGCCGUUUAGCAGAGAACCUUGGCUAAUGAAUGUCAUCCACACCUAGCAGAUGUGCCACUGCCUGCCAUGCCAGAUUUUUGACAUAAUACAGGGCUGCUGGACACGACAGUGCUCGGGAAAAGCCAGGGAGCGACUUGUGCCUUCAACGUGGCGUUUGGUCCUUCUCGUGCUCUGUGAGAGAAACGAAACCUGCAGAGGGCAGGGAGGCACAGCCGCGUCUCCCGGCCCUCCACCCUGGUUUUAUCGAUACAGAUAUACAAGGCAAACCAAAGGUUUCGGCUGCUAUUCAGUGCCUCCUCAUUUGUCCCAGAGCCGUAACAGUGGUGCCCUUUCUCUUCUGGCUGCUUUUUCCUGCUUCUGGAGCAGCAGUUAUGGGAGAAGCAGAUGGCUACUGAUUGGGGAUGGAGGACGCCGGCGUCCAGCGGGGAAUAUGGGACGGGGAUGCCAAGACGGUCCAGCAGUGCUUGACUGACAUUUUUACCAGUGUUUACACCACCUGCGACAUCCCGGAAAAUGCCAUUUUCGGCCCCUGCGUCCUGAGCCACACGUCCCUGUAUGACAGCAUCGCCUUUAUCGCCCUCAAGUCCACCGACAAGCGCACCGUCCCCUACAUAUUUCGGGUGGACACGUCGGCGGCCAACGGCUCGUCGGAGGGGCUGAUGUGGCUGCGGCUGGUGCAGUCGGCGCGGGAGCGGGAGGAGCAGAACCUGGAGGCCUACAUCAAGAGCGGGCAGCUCUUUUAUCGCUCCCUGCGCCGCAUCGCCAAGGACGAGGAGCUGCUGGUGUGGUACGGCAAGGAGCUCACUGAGCUGCUGCUGCUCGGCCCGGCCCGGGCCCCUGCCCGCACCAACGGCUCGCCGCCCUUCGCCUGCCCCGAGUGCAGCCAGCGCUUCCAGUUCGAACUGCCCUUCGCCGCACACCUCCGGUUCCGCUGCCCCAAGAGGCUGCACGGCCCCGACAUCGGCCCCGCCGCCGAGGCCGCCGCCGCCAAGGACGGCUCCGGCAAGGAGCAGGAGCCCGGCAAGUUCGGGAAGCCCGGCGGGCCGCCGCACCACCCCUUCCCCGGGCCCGACGGCGGCCCUGCCGCCAGCACCAAGCCCUCCACGGACUUCCACAACCUGGCACGGGAGCUGGAGAACUCCCGCGGCGGGCGCGCCGGCUCCCCGGGGCGGCCGGCGCCCCCCGAGGGCGGCCCUGAGGCGGCGGCCGGGAAGGCGAAGCGGCGCUUCCCCGAGGAGGAGGAGCGCGGGCCCAGUGCGGCGCGGGGCCGCUUCCCGGCGGAGCGGCCGGGGCUGCCGGCGGCGCCCAAGGAGGAGCCGGGCUGCGCCCCGCAGCAGCAGUACCGCGCCGCCGGCUCCUACUGCGGGCUGGAGGAGGGCGGGCGCCUCUUCGCGCCGCCCAGCCCGGAGACCGGCGAGGCCAAGCGCAGCGCCUUCGUGGAGGUGAAGAAGGCGGCCCGCGGCCCCGAGCCCGACGGCGGCCCCGAAGAGGGCCCGGAGCGCGGCUCGCCGGGCGCGGGCGGCGCGGAGCCGGGGCUGUGCCCCCGCGGCGGCGCGGGGGGCCCGCUGGCCGCCCGCCUGGACGGCGGCAGCCCGGCGCGGGGGAGCGCCUUCAGCACGGUGCCGCAGCUCGGGGCCGGCCCCGGCGGGCCCGGCGGCGGCGGCGGCGCCGACGAGAGGAAAAGCGCCUUCUCGCAGCCCGCCCGCUCCUUCCCGCACGUCCCGCCGCUGGUGCUGGGUCCCAAGCUGGGCGGGCUGGGCGAGCCCUGCCCCGACGGCGCCGCCGCCCCCGCCCGCCUGUACGCCGCCGAAGCGCUGGCCGCCAAGCUGCCGGGCGGCGGGGAGGCGGCGGGCGGCGGCGGCGGCGGCGGGGGGCUGCCCAAGCAAAGCCCCUUCCUCUACACCACGGCCUUCUGGCCCAAGAGCUCGGCGGCGGCGGCGGUGGCGGCGGCGGCGGCGGGGCCGCUGCAGCUGCAGCUGCCGUCGGCGCUGACGCUGCUGCCGCCGUCGUUCACCUCGCUGUGCCUGCCGGCUCAGAACUGGUGCGCCAAGUGCAACGCGUCCUUCCGCAUGACCUCGGACCUGGUCUACCACAUGCGCUCCCACCACAAGAAGGAGUACGCGCUGGAGCCCCUCGUCAAGCGCCGCCGCGAGGAGAAGCUCAAGUGCCCCAUCUGCAACGAGUCCUUCCGCGAGCGCCACCACCUCUCCCGCCACAUGACCUCCCACAACUAGCGGGGACACCCCCGUCCCGGCCCCGGGAACACGCCCGGGACCCCCGCGCCGGGAACACCCGCGCCGCCCGCCUCUCCCACCCUUCCCCUUCGAUGCACGCGUUUCCACAGUCCGGGGAGCGGCGGGGAGGGCAGCAGGUGAGAAGGAUGAGAAGGUGAAGAAGAAAAAGCAGAAAUUGAAGGUAAAAGAAAAAAAAAAAAAAAAAAAGAAAAAGAAAAAGAAAGAGAGAAAAGAGAAUCACCGGGAAAAAGAAAAAAAAUGACUUAAAAAUACAUUUUUUAAAAUGUCAUAUAUUGCAACAUAUUGAUGCAUUUGUCAUACGUUUCUACUUAAAUUAUUAAGCACUUAUGGUUUAGAUGUAAUAAUAAUUCUAUGUCAGGGUAAAUUUUUAUUUUGGAUAUGAAGCUAAGGGCGAGGGGAGCGCGGCGGGGCCGGCGGCCGGCGGGCCGGGGUCCUGCAUGCACCGGGCGCUACCCCCGUCCGGCCCCGCCGCCCGCGCCCCUUCCCCCCGAGUGUCACUGGUGCCCGUGGAAUGGAGUCUCGGUAGUUCCGUGUUUACCUUCCCUUUCCCGUUUGGGUUUGGUUUUUGGUUUGUCUUUUUUUUUUCCUCGCCCCUCUGGACAAAAAAAAAAAAAAAACAACAAAAAAAGAUUUAUUAAACUUUAUAGUUUAUCCGGGUAUGUUGGAUGCUUUGACAAUA